AUGGCCGAAUUGAGCCUGCACAGAGGUCCCAAAUCCAACGCAUUCUUAGUUUAUCAGAGGCUAUCUGCUCAAAUGAACGAAAAAUUUAUGAGAUUAUGGAAGCCAUAUGAGCGUACAGUUGAGGCCCUUUACUGUCAUGGAUCGCUUACCCCCGAAGAAGAGGGGCAGUAUCUUCGCCUUCAUCAGGCAAUAGGCGACACGCCGGUAUAA